UCCGUUAGUGAUGAUGACAGUUAACAGUUAGUGGUGUAAAAACACGCAAUCAAAGACAGAGGCGACGUAUACUAGUGUGGCAUCGUUUAUUCGUAAAAAAUAUCUUUUACUUUUGUCACGUUGGAAUAUCUUACAAGUCCACCGAUAAACAUGAAUAAAAAAGAAAAAGAAAGGUAUCUUCGAAAAUUUAUCUUUCCAUUUUGUCAUGAUGCCUCAAAAUACGAGAAAGUUGCUAAAAUCGGCCAAGGAACUUAUGGAGAAGUUUUUAAGGUACGUGAUGGAACAAAUCCAAAGAAAUUUGUUGCGAUGAAAAAAAUUUUAAUGAGUGACAACAGAGGAGGUUUUCCCAUCAAUACCUUAAAAGAGAUCAAGUUAUUGCAACAAUUGAAAAAUAAAAAUAUCGUUAAUUACAUUGAAGUCUGUAAAGCGAAAGCUACACAACGUGAUCAACUGCUUCCAACAUUUUAUUUGGUAAUGGAUUUUUGUGAACAUGACCUUGCAGGUCUCCUUUCAAAUAUGAAUGUGCAAUUCAGUUUAGGGGAGAAAAAAAACAUCAUGAAACAGUUGUUCAAUGGACUGCAUUUCAUACAUACCAACAAUAUCCUGCACAGAGACAUUAAAUCUGCAAAUAUUUUGAUAACAAAAUCUGGUGUGCUGAAAUUGUCCGACUUUGGUCUAGCAAAAUCAUUCAUCAGAAGCAAUAAUGACCUGAAAAAGUGUUACUCAUCUGAAAAAGUCGUAACUCUUUGGUACAGACCACCAGAGUUACUGUUGGGUGCAAAGAACUAUGGGCCACCAGUUGAUUUGUGGGGUGCUGGCUGCAUAAUGGCUGAGAUGUGGAAUCGAUUCCCGAUAAUGCCAGGAAGCACUGAACAACAUCAACUCAAUUUAAUAUCUCAACUUUGUGGGUCCAUAACACCUGACGCUUGGCCAGGAGUGGAAAAGCUAGAGUUAUACAAGAAGAUGAUGCUCGUACGCGGACAAAAACGCAAGCUCGAAGCCCGAAUGAAAUUUUACAUCAGGGAUUCAUGUGCACGUGACUUGUUGGACAAACUGCUUAUACCGGAUCCCAGCCAAAGAAUCAGUUCUCAUGCGGCAUUGGACCAUAAUUUCUUUUGGACUGAGCCCUUGCCUUGCGAUUUGCGCAAUAUCUUGGCCCAACAUACCCAAAGUAUGUUUCAGUACUAUGCUGUACCAAGGAGACGAGGACACGUGUGGGGUCAAGCUCAUUCAAGUUCCACCUCGGCAGACACGGACUAUGAAGAUAGAGUUUUUUAA